CAUCUCCGACGGACAACUCAGCGCGAGAGAGAGAGAACCAGUAUCCUUUUAUCCAGCGCGAUUUGAUAUAUACUCGAAGGGAAAUUCCUUGUUGUCCAAACGCAGACGAUCCGAACCGCCUUCAUUCUCUCUACUGUAAUCUGCUUUUCAUAACUACAUUUUAAACGGUCAACGGUAAUUUGCAGUUGGACUAUGAGCGUUUCUGCUUAUUCUUCCAGCACGACUCAACUAUCACAACCUCCCAAAUUAUCCUCACCUCUUACCCAACCUAAUCCAACCCAAUCCCACCUUCCUAACCCUAAUCGCAGCCAAUCAGUUGAUAAAAAGCAGUUUGUCCUCAGUCGAAACGACCAACCUAUCGAUCCCAUCGUCUCAUGGACCUCUUCCAUUUCCCGUCGCUGCCGAAACGGUCGACUGGCCGAGGCAGCCGCUCAGUUCACCCAUAUGAGAAUCAGCGGCGUGGAGCCCAAUUACGUUACAUUUGUAACUCUUCUUUCUGCUUGUGCCGAUUACCCUUUAGAGACUCUUAGUUUUGGAGCUUCAAUCCAUGCUUACGUUCGAAAAUUGGGCUUGGAUAAGUAUGAUGUAAUGCUGGGGACUGCGCUUGUUGAUAUGUACUCUAAAUGUGCUCGUGCAGAUCKUGCUCGCCAAAUGUUUGAUGAAAUGUAUCUGAAGAAUUCGUUUUCUUGGAACACAAUGAUUGAUGGGUAUAUGAGAAAUGGGGCUGUCGAGGAUGCAAUUGCCUUGUUUAAUCAGAUGCCAAAGAGAGACAAAAUUUCUUGGACUGCACUGAUUGGUGGGUUUGUCAAGAAAGGAUACUUUGAGGAAGCAUUGGAACAGUUCCGAGAAAUGCAGCUCUCAGGAAUAGAGCCUGAUUAUGUGACCAUCAUCUCUGUCCUCUCAGCAUGUGCAAACUUGGGGGCACUUGGGCUUGGCUUAUGGAUACACCGUUUUGUAUUGCAACGGGACUUUGGUGAGAACAUCCGGUUAAGCAACUCGUUGAUAGACAUGUAUGCAAGGUGUGGAUCUAUUGAAUUCGCAAGACAGGAGUUUGAGAAAAUGUCUAAACGAAGCUUGGUUUCAUGGAACUCGAUGAUUGUGGGCUUUGCUGUUAAUGGAUAUGCAGAGGAUGCUCUAGAAUACUUCUCUCUGAUGCAGAAGGAGGGGUUUGAACCAGAUGGAGUGAGUUUUACAGGAGCUCUUACUGCCUGUAGCCAUGCCGGCCUAGUUGAUGAGGGCCUCCAAUUCUAUGAUAUGAUGAAGAGGAUUUACAAAAUUACCCCUAGAAUUGAGCACUAUGGAUGCAUAGUGGAUCUCCUUAGCAGGGCUGGUCAGUUGGAAGAUGCGUUGCAUAUAAUAGAAAGCAUGCCCAUGAAGCCAAAUGAAAUUAUAUUGGGUUCCUUGCUGGCUGCAUGUAGGAAUCGAGGGAAUCUCAGUUUAGCUGAAAAACUGAUGAGUUAUCUAACUGAUUUGGAUCCUAGCUGUGAUUCCAAUUAUGUGCUUCUUUCAAACAUGUACGCUGCUGUUGGUAGGUGGGAUGGUGUAGGAAAAGUUAGGAAUACAAUGAAGGCACUCGGAAUAAGGAAGAAACCGGGAUUCAGUGCUAUUGAGAUUGACUGCAACAUCCAUGAAUUUGUGGCUGGUGAUAAAUCUCAUUUACGCUCUCAUUAUAUUUAUGAUAUGCUCAAUUUUUUGUCGCAUGAAUUGAGCCUAUGUGGGUAUAUUCCUGAGGCGAUUGAAGGGGGACUACCUGCACAUGAUUGAACACACUAAACUAAUGUUCUUAGUAAAUAUAUUUAUCUUUGAUCAUCAUGCAUAGAUGUACCAAGUCAAAUAGAAAGAGAAAGCAAGAUCAUAUCAUUGUGCUUUUUUUUUUCAGAUUGAAGUUUGAAGAUAAAGUAAAAAGUGAAAAGCAAGAAAAGUAUAUAAUUUGAUGUUAUUAGAUUUAGAUAUGGAUUGUUAUUUUAUGCCAAUUGUUUUAUAGUAUUUUCAGUCUUAGCAUAGAGAGUAAAAGAUACAGAAAAAGGUAUAAACCAUGGUGGUGGGCAACAAAAUACCCUUUUACAAAUGUUGUAGGAAUCAGACUCAGACUGCGCCCGACAGUUGAACUGUUGACCCGUGGACCCAGUGACCUUUCUGGAUCCCACUGAAAUGAUGGUUUUCAUGGUUGUACAUCGC